AUGUCUACUGAUAUAGAAGAUAGCAAGGAGAUUCUUCAGGAGCCUGACGAGAUUGAAGUCCCAGAUGGUGGGUACGGCUGGGUGGUACUAGUGGCCUUCUUUCUGUUCAAUUUUUGUACUUGGGGUGCCAAUGCUGGUUACGCAAUCUAUUUGACUGAAUACUUGGAUCACAAUGUUUUCCCAGGUGGUACCAAGCUAGAUUAUUCGGCUGUUGGUGGUAUAGCCUUUGGCGCGGGGCUAUUGUUUGCGCCGUUCAUUACGUGGUUUUCUCAUAAGUUUACACUCCACCUUACCAUUGCAUUGGGUAUCGUAUUUCAAGGUGCUGCACUAUUGCUAGCUGCAUUUUCUAAGAAAUUAUGGCAGAUAUACUUGACUCAGGGAUUAUUGAUCUCGUUUGGAUUGGCCUUCUUGUUCAUCCCAGCCAUGACACUGAUACCACAAUGGUUUAGGAAAAAAGGUACUGUUGCGUCCGGGAUCGGCACUGGAGGCAGUGGUCUUGGUGGCAUUGUCUUUAAUUUAGGAAUGCAGAGGAUUGUCGAGGCGAGAGGCGUUAAAUGGGCAUUAAUCGCACAAUGCAUCAUUUGCUCAUCUCUUAGUACAAUAGCCCUAAUUCUCACGAGAACCAGACGGUCUGCUGUCUUUAAGGAUGAGAAACCAAAGACCCUCAUUGUAGCCAGACAGGUCUUUUCAAAAGCUGGUACUUGGCUUCUUUGCGGAUGGAUCUCUUUCACCAUGCUGGGUUAUGUGAUUCUUCUUUAUUCACUAUCAGCGUUCACCACAAGCCUUGGGUAUUCUGCUAAGCAGGGUUCUGUAGUCUCAUGUAUGGUCAGUGUUGGUUUCCUCUUCGGAAGACCCACUGUUGGCCAUUUGGCUGACUUGUUUGGUCCCAUUACUGUCGGUAUCAUAGUGCACUUGAUAGUUGCGAUCUUUGCUUGGGCGAUGUGGAUUCCCUGCUCAAACUUGGCGACUGCGAUCAUAUUUGCUUUGAUUGUUGGAUCAUUGAUGGGCACUAUUUGGCCCACUGUGGCAUCUAUUGCAGCCCGUGUAGUAGGUCUCAAGAAGCUGGAUGUGACUUUAGGCUCCAUGUGGGUCUUUCUCGCAAUCUUUGGUAUGCCUGCUCCAGUAAUAGGUUUUAAGCUACGGUCUAACGCGAACGAUGGUAAAGCAUAUGUGAAUACAGCGAUUUUUGCUGGUUUUGGCUAUCUGGGGGCUUCGCUUUGCCUGUUACUGCUAAGAGGCUAUAUCAUCGCUAGAGACAGAUCGUCUGCUAAGAGCGAUUCGAUGGAUCAAGAUGAGCUUGAUGUUGAUGUGAGUUUCAAGGAGUUUGUAAGAGGUCUGACAACUUGGAACGUACCAAAGGGCAAAGUUUAG